UUCCCUUUUUCCUUCCGCCCACAAUAUUUAAUAUGUAAAAUAAUAUGUGAUUCUGUUCCAUUCUGUUGUAGUUUAUUUGGUUGUUUGUUUGUUUGUUUUUUUGCACAAAGUCCGCUAGCAUUGCCACUUUUCAUUUCACUGCACAUCUCGUAUGUGUAUGUGACGAAUAAACUUGACUUGACUUGACUUGAUCACGAACUCCUACGAGUAUGUUUACGAAUUCCCCGGACUAUUUCCAUGCCCUCCUUACGAGUAAAAAGUUGCAAUUCCAUCUUCUUCCCGUCUUCCUUUGUAUUUUGUGCAGUGCUGUAGAAGGGGCUGCACGGAGUCCCCAGCCCGCCAGGGAAGAUUCCCAGAGGCAGAGGCAGAGGGAAGAUCCCACCCGGAACAGGUACGCCGGGCAGAAGCCCAUAAACCCAGAGAGGCUCAAGGACUUCGGGGAGGACGAGUACGUGGGCAAAGAUGUGAAGACUUGGGAACUGACAGUAACGGGCCACUCCGAAACCCUGCUCAACACUGGCCAGGACGUGGCAGCCUACAAGGCCAGCAGGAGCCCUGAACCCUGCACUAGACAAGCUCCCUUCGAGGACAUCAGGACUGCUGCCUUUAAAAUCCAACACGGGAUCCUGAAAACUCCAUGCACGGUAUGUGGCACCUUUUACUCCUGCGUUCUGGGCAGUUCAAUUGACAUUCAUGAGUUCAAGACCCACUCCAGCACGCAUGGAUUCUUACUGAAGAUUGUCACACUGUCUGAUGUGAAGUCUUUCUUGAGUGGGUCUGCAGCAAAGGACAGAAGUUGGGCUUCUCUGCCUCCUGGUAGAGUUGCAAGUACCAAUAGCAUUUCCUUCAAUAUAGGGCAGGUCCAAGAAAGCCACUGCACAACAAAUGUACUCCACACAAUCCAAGAUGCAUGAAGCAGGAAAGAACUGCAGAUGCUGGUUUAAAUCGAAGAUAGACACAAAAUGCUGGAGUAACUCAGUGGGACAGGCAGUAUCUCUGGAGAGAAGGAAUGGGUGACAAUAGACAAUAGACAAUGGACAAUAGGUGCAGGAGUAGGCCAUUCGGCCCUUCAAGCCAGCACUGCCAUUCAAUGUGAUCAUGGCUGAUCAUCCCCAAUCAAUACCCCGUUCCUGCCUUCUCCCCAUAUCCCCAUGACGUUUCGGGUCGAGACCUUUAUUCAAAUACAUGAAUCCGCUUUGUCUUGGUUAUCAAUGGUUCAAUGUCUUCUUUAUUAUCAUGUGUACCAAGAUAUAGUGAAAUAUUUUUUGCAAACAGCUCACAUACAGCUCAAGCAAGGUCUGAAGAAGGGUCUCGACCCGAAACCUCACCCAUUCCUUCUCUCCAGAGAUGCUGCAUUACUCCAGCUUUUUGUGUCUAUCUUUGGUUUAAACCAGUAUCUGCAGUUCCUUCCUACACAUUUUAGCAGCAAGACUAUCCCCAUACAUAAGCACAAUUCGUACAGAAUGUACAAAACCGACCACUGAGUCUUUAUUUCCUCCCGACCCAGUAUUCCAGGCUCUCCAAACAGUACGGGAUGGAAAUCUACCUGAAGAAGGAAUAUCUGCAUCACACGGGCAGUGUGAAGGAGCGUGGCGUGUGGUACCUGCUCACCUCUUUGUCACAGGUACGGUCACAUUUGCCAGCUCAUUCUUCACCAUCCCAAACAAAAC